AUGGAUACUAUGAGCACUCUUACCAACUCGCAUCAAGCUCUCAUGAAUUCAAAUCAAGAAAUUAAAACUGAAAUGCGGAAAGAGUUUGAAGUGAGGGAUAAAUCCCAAAAGGCAUUAGAGAAGCAAGUGGGGCAACUUGCUCAAGAGAUGGCUCAAAUUCGUGGAAGCGGAGGACGACUUCCAAGUGAUACUACGAUGAACCCGAAGCAUCAAAGUUCAAGCACGGGCAAUGUGAGGAAUGUACACAUUAGCGCGGUUGAGGAACGGUACCCACCGAAGGACGAGGGGUGGGAAAAAUUUAAACAAGCAAAAAUUAAUUUACCGUUAAUACCUGACAUUAAAAAGGUUCCGGCUCAUGUGGAAUGCUUAAAGGAGUUAAGCAUCGAAAAACGGCACAACAAAUUACCCGAACCGGUUGAUUUGAUAUCUCAUGUGAGUGCCGUUUUAUCGAGUGCCCUUCCCCAAAAAGCCCAAGAUCCGGGAGACCCUCUUAUUCCAAUUCAAAUUGGAACAUUUAAAAUCGAGAGGGUGCUCCUCGAUCUUGGAGCUUGUGUGAGCAUUUUACAAGGGAGUUUGUAUGACCAAUACGAUUUUGGUCCAUUAAAAAAAUUUGAUACUCCCGUGGUAUUGGCCGAUCAGACUCCCACCCAUCCACGGGGGAUGGUGGAAGAUGUGAUUGUUAAGGUAGAUGAUUACUACUACCCAGUUGACUUUUUGGUAGUAGAUUAUGUUGGAUGUGUUGAGGACACCCAACCGAUAGUCAUACUGGGUAGACCGUUCCUUGCAACAGCUAAUGCCAUAAUAAAUUGUGCAACGGGAACGGAUAAGUGUCCUGAAAAGGACAUAAAUCCAAACAAAAAGCUGUGUGCUAUGGUUGGUAGGUUUGGAGAAAUAAAGAAGAAAACGGUCAAGAAGAAAAAGGCGAAAAAGUCACCUCUAGAAAAGAAAAAGGAAGAGGAGGUGAGGAAGUUUAAACCGUUUGGCAACAAAUGGUACGAAUCACGGGUGGGUGAUUUCGAUGAGCUCGUGAAUGGCAAGCACGCCAUUCGACCACCAUGA